UAGAGUUUAGAAUGGAAGAUAAUCCUCACUUCCGGUUCUCAUGCGACGCGGGUCGUGCACACAUCUUUUUGAAACCUUUCCGUGGGCUUUGCUUGCCAUACAGACUUUUGCCUACCCCGCAGGCGUUCGGUGAGGAACCUGACGUGGUCGGUUGUUUUGCGGCUGCGUGAACUCUUGGGAGGGUGGCGCGAGACUCCUUUCGGCUGCGAUGGAAGAGGGCGCGCGCGCCGGCGUGGCCCUCGUUCUUAAAGGGGAAGGCACAGUCCCAGCCCCGCAUUGCCCGCACGGUCCAACUCUUCUAUUUGCAAAGAUGGUUCAAGGAAAAGAAGAGGGAAGAAGGUUUUAUGCUUGUUCCGCUUGCAGAGAAAGAAAGGACUGUAACUUCUUUCAGUGGGAAGAUGAAAAGGUAUCAGAAGCUAGACUUUUAGCACGCGAAGAGUACAACCAAAGUCGCCAACCAACUUUCUCUCAUGCAGACAAUGUGGAAAGGUACAAAGCGUUUCUUGCCUUGCCACUAUCAAAACGGAAAUUUUGUAGAGAAUGCCAACAGCUGCUGUUGCCACUGGAGUGGGGAAGGCACCCUGGCCAUCAAGUAUUGAGUGACAUCUCUGUGUCCCAGCUCAAAAGACCCAGCCAGCUCCUCAGUCCCCUGGAGAAUAAGAAGACAAAUGCACAGUAUCUCUUUGCGGACAGAAGUUGCCAGUUCCUCUUGGACCUGAUUGUUGCUCAGGGUUUCAGAAGGGUCCUUUGUGUCGGCACCCCAAGGCUUCAUGAAUUGAUUAAAUUCCAAGCAUCGUGCAAACAGGAGAUGAAGAGCCUUUUAUUAGAUAUUGAUUUCAGGUAUUCUCAGUUUUACACAGAAGAAGAAUUCUGCCACUAUAAUAUGUUUAACCAUUUUUUCUUUGCUGGAGAGGCUGCAUAUGAAAUCUGUCGGAAAUUCUUACAGCAAGACAAAGGUGAAGGUGUUAUCAUGGUGGCCGAUCCUCCCUUUGGAGGCUUGGUUGAAGCUUUGGCUUUUAGUUUCAAAAAAUUGAUGGAAAUGCGGAAGCAAGCAGAAGGUCCAGAUGAUACCAGCAAGGAGUUAUCUAUACUUUGGAUAUUUCCUUAUUUCUUUGAGUCACGUAUUCUUGAGUUUUUCCCACAUUUCAGCAUGUUGGAUUAUCAGGUAGACUAUGACAAUCAUGCACUUUAUAAACAUGGGAAGACGGGUCGUAAACAAUCCCCAGUUCGUAUUUUUACCAACCUUUCACCACGUUUGGUCGUGCUUCCUGCAGAGGAAGGAUAUAGAUUUUGCUCUGUCUGUCAGCGAUAUGUCAGUUUAGACAACCAGCACUGCGAAAUCUGCAAUUCAUGCACAUCCAAAGAUGGGAGACGAUGGAGACAUUGCUGUCUUUGCAAAAAAUGUGUAAAGCCCACUUGGGUUCACUGCAGCACUUGCGAUAAAUGUGCUCUUCCAAGUCACUCUUGUAAGGAUACUGACACUGGGUGUUAUAUAUGUGGAGCUGCAGACCAUAAACGCACCACCUGCCCUAACCUGCAGGUGGCCAGGAGAGGUUCCCACAGUGGCAAAAAGACAAAGAAAAAGAAGAAUGCAAGAGCAAAUGUUGCCAAAAUAAAAGGUGCAAAGAAGACAAAAACUGCAAGACAUACGAAGAACAAAAAAUAGAAAAACUCAUCUUUGCAGCAGUGUUGUUAUUAAGCAGACUGAUUUAGGGCUUUGUUUUUGCACAUAUUGUACUGUUCACUAAAAAUGGCAUUAAAAGACUUCGCAAAAAAGGUCAGCUUGCUAAUGUGCUAAAAGUAAACACUAUUAUAUGUUUAUAGCCACAUACACUAUUCAGUGUUUUGCGGGUGAAUUUGGAGAAUUCAGUGCAAUUCAAUCAUAUUGUAUAAAGGUGAAUAUAUGUAUUUUUGUAUUUAAAAAAUUGCCUCUUU